AUGUCAACUGCAAAAUCUUCAAAUUCUCUUGAUAAAGAAAUUGGAAAGUUGUGCCUUCAAAAUUCUGAUGAACUUCUGUUCAAAUCCUUUAUGGCCACAAAAAAUCGAAUCACAACAUCAAUCCCUCCUCAAAACAAUAGUAUAGUAAAUAGCACCACCAACCUCAAUCCUCCACUCGACUAUGACAUAGUAAUUUCCCCUCUUGGAUAA